GCUUCAUUAGAGAUCAUGUCGGGAUGGGAGGAUGAUGAUGAUGAGGGCUCUCCGGGUUUCUCUCCGGGAAUAAUGCGCGUCUUCUUCUCCAUCACUGAAGACUGAAGCUCGACAGGAUGAAGAACGAAUGAACGGACGGACGGAUGGAUGAAUGAAUGAACGCGCAGUCUGGCUCAGAAUCUUCCAGAAGUCCAGAUGGAGCAGGAUGUCGAGAGCACCGUCACGGUUCGACAACCCAAGCUGCCCAAGCAGGCACGGGACGACAUCCCCAAACCACUGCAGGAGCGGGAGCGCGCCAAGCAGAAGAUCCAGCGCUACGUCCGCAAAGACGGCAAGUGCAACGUGCACCACGGAAACGUGCGGGAGACCUACCGCUACCUGACGGACAUCUUCACCACGCUGGUGGACCUCAAGUGGAGGUUCAACCUGUUCAUCUUCGUGCUGGUCUACACCGUCACCUGGCUGUUCUUCGGCUUCAUGUGGUGGCUGAUCGCCUACAUACGAGGAGAUCUGGAGCACAUCGGAGAUAACCAGUGGACUCCCUGCGUCAACAACCUGAACGGCUUCGUGUCAGCGUUCCUGUUCUCGAUAGAGACGGAGACUACCAUCGGCUAUGGCCACCGCGUCAUCACCGACAAGUGUCCGGAGGGCAUUGUGCUGCUACUGGUGCAGUCGGUGCUGGGCUCCAUCGUCAACGCCUUCAUGGUGGGCUGCAUGUUCGUCAAGAUCUCACAGCCCAAGAAGCGUGCCGAGACGCUAGUCUUCUCCACCAACGCCGUCAUCUCCAUGCGGGACGGCCGGCUCUGCCUGAUGUUCCGUGUGGGAGACCUCAGAAACUCCCACAUCGUGGAGGCGUCCAUUAGAGCCAAGCUGAUCAAGUCCAAACAGACCAAGGAGGGCGAGUUCAUCCCGCUCAAUCAGACGGACAUAAACGUGGGCUACGACACCGGAGACGACCGGCUCUUCCUGGUGUCUCCGCUCAUCAUCUGCCACGAGAUCAACCAGCACAGUCCCUUCUGGGAGAUCUCCAGAGAGCACAUGGCCAAGGAGGAGCUGGAGAUCGUGGUGAUCCUGGAGGGCAUGGUGGAGGCCACAGGCAUGACGUGUCAGGCGCGCAGCUCGUACGUGGCCAGCGAGAUCAAGUGGGGUUACCGCUUCACGCCAGUGCUGACGCUGGAGGACGGCUUCUACGAGGUGGACUACAACAGCUUCCACGAGAUCUACGAGACCAACACGCCCAGCUGCAGCGCGCGAGAGCUGGCCGAGAUGACGGCGCGCGCCCGCCUCCCGCUCACCUGGUCAGUGGCCAGCAAACUGAGCCAGCUGGAGCCGCAGGAGCCGCCGGAGGAGCUGACGGAGAGGAACGGAGACGUCGCCAACAUCGAGAGCGAGUCCAAAGUGUAGGAGGACGGGAGAAUCUCUCCUGAUCUCUGCGCCACUGCCGCCGCACCGUUGGCUGGGCUCAGAGGUCAGAGGUCAGCUCAGGAAUGCGCCCCGAGGAGGGCCGAGGUCACGGACGCCCCCAUCUCACGCACUUCUCUUUUUCUGGCUCGAGGGACGCGGCGUGACGGCAGGUGAACUCGCGGGCCACUGCAUGGUUUCAGAAACCAGUGUUUUUCUUAAAGAUAUGAAAUGAUAUUUUCAGAUUUGUAAUUCAAGACGAAAGCCUCUAUAUGUAUAUGAAUAUAUAUAUAUAUAGAUCUAUUCUAGGGCAUUUGCAUUUGUAUUUUUUGUAUAUAUAUCUGCGUUUGGUUUGAGAUGUAAGGUUGUUUGAUACGACAUGAGUCGCUCUACGUCUGUAUAUUCUGCCUUCUGGAAUAGCAGCAGACAUAUUUAUCCACGCAUGUACAAGACGAUCCCUGUAGUCCACUGACUCUGAUGUACAUAAUUUGAAGUACUGUAGGCCAUAAUUGCAGGAGAUCCCCGUACUGGAUGCAAACCGGACUCCCGGAGGCUGAAGGCGGUGCGGUUGCGUUGCAUGGGAUUGUGGGGCUGAUGAUGGCGUGCGAGUGUGUGUGCGUGCGCGCGUGUAUUCGUGCAUGUCUGCUCCAAUAACCUUCCGUACCGUCAUCAGGCCAUGAUCUUUCUCUCCCUUUGCUCUUCCUUUAAGUCAGAAUUAGAUUUGAACUUCAGCGCACACGAUGCGGCAGAGAGAUUCUGUUUGUGUUUGUGCCGUCAGACAGAAGCAGCAGAUGUGUGUGUGUGUUUGACCACGAGACACAUUAAUGUCCGCGCGCACACGAGACCAAAGAGCCGAACCCCCACGUCACCUUCACCUCGACAUUGAUCAGUUCCAGCACAUGAGCAUUGAAGAGCGCUAAUGAAAACAAGGCUGAGACACAACCCUGCGCUCCUGCACAUGAGGGACCACCGCUGUGCUUAAAUAAUAAAUGAGAGACGCAGAUGCAGAGAGAGAUGUAAACCAGGUUAAAUAUCUCGACCCGUCUGGGCGAUCUGUCUGGAAGUGCCGUCGCCAGACAGUCACGUAGUAAAAGAGCAGCAGUCUGACAAGACUUUGACAAUCACACAGUCAUGUGAGGCAGAGCAGAUAAAACACCUGACAGACGGAUGCUCGCUGACCAGAGGGCUCACUAAAAUGCCCAGAAUCUCAGAUCUGCAUUGGAUUUAAUAAAGCAGCUCAAAGC